AGAUGGCGACGCAGUCGUCGUCCGGGGUGGCGGCGGCAGAGGGGGCGGCGGCCGUGGCGGCAGCGGCGACGGCAGCCGUGACGGCGACGGCGCGGGGCCUGGGCCGGGGGAAAUGAGGCGGCCGCGGCGGGCCAGCGGCGGAGCCGUGUAGCGGAGAAGCGGCACCCCUUCCCUGCUUCCCUUGGCCGAGCCGGGGGCGCGCGCGCGCGCGGCCGUCUGGAGCGGACUCCCCACCCUCGACUCCCGCGACCCGCACCUCACCCCCAUCCGGGCCCGGAGGAUGAUGAAGCUCAAGUCGAACCAGACCCGCACCUAUGACGGCGAUGGCUACAAGAAGCGGGCCGCGUGCCUGUGUUUCCGUAGCGAGAGUGAGGAGGAGGCUGCCACACCAUCACCCCCACCCACAAAUCAAGCAUGGAGUGUAGAGGAAGUUCCUUUUGACUGGAGGCAGGGGUGCAGGGUGCUACUCGUGAGCAGUAGUCGCCAUCCAGACCGAUGGAUUGUCCCUGGAGGAGGCAUGGAGCCCGAGGAGGAGCCAAGUGUGGCAGCGGUCCGUGAAGUCUGUGAGGAGAUAUAUCCCCCAUCAAAAAUAACGCAGGCUGGAGUAAAAGGGACAUUGGGAAGAUUAGUCGGAAUUUUUGAGAACCAGGAGAGGAAGCACAGAACGUAUGUCUAUGUGCUCAUUGUCACAGAAGUGCUGGAAGACUGGGAAGACUCAGUUAACAUUGGAAGGAAGCGGGAAUGGUUUAAAAUAGAAGAUGCCGUAAAAGUGCUGCAGUAUCACAAACCGGUGCAAGCAUCGUAUUUUGAAACGUUGAGGCAAGGCUACUCAGCCAACAAUGGCACCCCGCUCGUGGCCACCACUUACUCAGUUUCUGCUCAGAGCUCGAUGCCAGGCAUCAGAUGACUGAAGAUUUCCUGUAAGAGAAAUGGAAAUUGGAAACUAGACUGAAGUGCAGGUCUUCCCUCUCACCCUUGCUCUUUCACCUCUCCUCACAGGCCUCCUCUUUCAAAUAAGGCAUGAUGGGCAGCAGAGAAAGGGUUUAUUGAUAAUGUUGCUGUUUGGUGUUAAGUGAUGGGGCUUUUUCUUCUCUUUUUAUUGAGGGGGUGG